AUGAAGCGCAGGAGGAACGAGGAAGAGGAGAAUGAAAUAGAGAGGAAGAGGCAGGGCUCUUCCAGUUUAUCCAGUUAUGCCUCAAGCACUUCCCCCUCCACUGCCAACUGCACCAGGACCAAAAACCCAGCCAGCGUUUCCUCACUGUACGCCGUGGGAUCGCUGCUGGGGGAAGGAGGAUGUGGAGCGGUUUAUGCUGGAACCCGCCGAGCGGAUGGGAAGCAGCCUGGGGAGUCCCAGCCCCUCCCUCUGGAGGUAGCCCUGAUGGAGAUGGUAUGUCGCCCCCCCCCCUGCUCGCACGUCAUUCAGCUCCUGGACUGGUUUGAGGAGGCCGGCUGGAUCAUUCUGGUGAUGGAGCUGCCGUCACCCUGCCUGGACGUGUUCAAAUUCACUAGGCAGCUGGGCGGCUACAUGGAGGAGAGCCUGGCCCGGUUCGUCCUGCAGCAGGUGGUGCAGGCCACGGUGCACUGCCGGGACAGGGGCGUCCUGCACAGGGACAUUAAAUCCAGGAACCUGCUCAUACAAACCGAGGACCUGCAUGUCAAGCUCAUUGACUUUGGCUGUGGGGACCUGCUCACAGAGGCCCCCUACACGAAUUUCGCAGGUACGAGGUUGUUCCAGCCCCCUGAGUGGGUGAUGGAUGGAGAGUACCACGGGCGCCCCGCUACCGUUUGGUCUUUAGGGCUGCUGCUCUUUGCCUUGGUCUGUGGCUCUCGGCCCUUCCGCAGAGAGCAGGAUAUCAUCGGGUCCGAACUGCGCUUCAAGGAAGGGGUGUCUGAUGAAUGCAAGAAUUUGAUUCGAUGGUGCUUGCAAAGGGAUCCUGCCAAGAGACCGAUUUUGGAGCAGAUUCUCCAACACCAAUGGAUGACUCGUUAGAGGUGGCGAUGGUGGACUACAUUCAGCUUAUCAGUCUGGAAGGAAAGGAAGAUAUUUGAAAAAUAGAGAGUGUUUUCCAGCUGCACUUUAUUUCCCUGCUUGCAGCAGAACUGACUUGACACAACAAGCAUAAAAGCUUUUUAAAAUCGUAAAAUGUGAAUAUAUUGAACUUUUACAUGAUGCUGUAGGUACUAAAUAUUUAUUUUUAUAGUUUUACCCAAUUAGGGAAAAUGAGUAGUGGAUUUGAAUGUAAGAUGGCGCGGCUGUAAAAUUAAUUUUGAAGCCUGAUGCUUUAAUGAAACAGAAAAUAAUUCCUGUGACCCAUCCAUGGAAACAGAAAUGGUUGUCGGCUAUGAAAUGAAUAUUAUUUAUAUGAUUUUGAUUUAUAUUUCUGUAGUUCAACGUGAUGUUAUAUCAGCUUAAAUCAUGCAACUCUUAGAGGGCACAACCUACAGAACAUAGUCCUGUGCACAAUGACAAAUAAGGAGCACUUCCCCAGCUUUCAUUAGGGUACUAACUAUCUUUUACUUACUUUUUGUAAAUACAUGUAAAUAAAAGGCUUUUAAAAGUCAACGUCAAGUCUCACUGACAAAAAUACAGUAUCACCUGUCACCCCUCUGUCUGGAUUUCUUUCUCUCUGGGAUUUUGAUUUUGAGGCACUCCAAAAUCUGGACACCAAUUGAAUUUAUGCACCCAAGCACAAUUUUUGUGUAACACUGUAGUGUCCACUAGUUGCGUUUUUAGCAUCUACCGUCAUUUUGACUUCAUACUUUUGAAAAGUUAUAUCUUCAUCAUAUUUAAAAGUGAAUUCCUGAUAAUAGUAUGCACAAAAUAAAACUAUUUCUGGGAAAUAACUUCAAAUCAUCCUGUUGCAGCUACAACUGAGAAGCAAUUUCUGGAAAGUUCCUAAAAUUUCCAGCAGGGGGAGAAGUGUUCCAUUGCAUGUUCUCUUGACAGAAAGCGCAGCGCUACUUUCCUAAACUGGUUAAUUGGGUUAUCCAGUUCUUUUAAAAAUAUUUGAUAUCUUCAGCAUGAUCCUAUUAGGGUUCAGCAAAGCAUUAGUAGCCAAAUCAUGCACAAAUCUUUCCUGACAUUCAGUUUGUGUUUAACCAUUCAUGCAUUUUGCAAAUCGGUGAUGAAUUAUGUUGCCAUUACUGGAACUUAUGAUUUGAAAAUUACUGGUAGGCCAACAGCUGGUAUCAAUGGUGGUGCCUCUUUUUUGGGUCUAGGUUAUGAUAAACCUCUUACUUUGUGCGAUAAUUUGAGUGUAGCUUGUGCUUUCAGUGUAAUGCCUGCCAGCCAGAAACAUUUAUGUCUGAGCCAAUCAGAUAGGAUUGUUGUCUGUCUGCAUAAAAUGCUCAAGUUGUUCUUCUAUCCAGAAGCAAUGUGCUGUGUCAACAUGAAGUUAUCUCCACUGAUGUGUAAUACUGAGGUAAUAGCUGGUGUGUACAGGGUAAUGAUUGUAACAGACACUGGGGCCAGCGGGGACCCCUCCACCCAGACAGUGAGAUAGCAUUUUGGGUCCUGUUGCUUUACUGUAACUACAGGAACAGGAGAGAGCCUUAAAUCAUGGCCUUUUUUUGGGGGGGGGGGGGGGUGUCCUGAAAUGGCCCCUCGCUGGCAGUUUUUCUCAUCAUCUCAGAGAGAGUCCAGGUGCAGCCCUCUGGUGAAGUCUCCAGCGGAUCCUGCUGGCACACGGCACGGCGGAUCGUGUUUCCGAGACCCUUCCCCGUUCACUUCCCACAUCCACU